ACCUCUAGAACCUGCGAGUGUCUGGGUUGAUAAAAUACCUCAAUAUUUUGAAGGACAGAUCAUCCGACGCCGCUGGACAGGAGGAGAGGUAUACCCAAAUGGGUGUCGUUGUGAUGGCUUGUGCAUUCCAGUCGCUGAAGGUCUUGCGAAUUCACUGGCGCGAGUGGGCUGGUUUGUCUGGGCCCUCUGGGGUGGGAUCUCUGCAUCACAAAAUGGCCUUUGGAGACUGUCGUUUACUUUCUACGCGAGUAUCCAAGUUGGGUGGCAGUGUUUGCGGCUUCAAACCCAUUUCUCCGAGUCGUCCUUUCCAUCCCCGCGGCGUGUUUGGCGAGAAGGGUGCAUGUUACGGUAGUUGCUACGGCAUUGGACGCCCCAUGAUUCGGCGUAUUCUCUUCCGUCCCAUCUGCCAUCCCUUGCUAACAUGUGCCCGCUCAACCAUUCAACCUGGUUCCGCAAGUCGAUUACUGACUCUCCCUCUGAAAAUUUUCUGCGAUUUUAUUUACUUCCCCGGCCUCCAAAAGUUUCAGCGAUCAUUCCUUCCCCCCAACUCUACAUCCGAGCAGUUUUCAACCACCAUCACCAUGCCUUCCACUGACAACACGUGUUCUUCGUCAUCAUCGCGGCUGCACCGUAUGCUCAACUCACCGCACCCUACUUCACAUCUCGACACAAUACCACCUUUGGUGCUUCUCGGGAGCCAGCCGCACACUGCCGGGGGGAUGUCGGGCUUUGCUCGACACCUCUCCGCGGUUGUGGGGCCUCGAGCUGCCGGACACCGUACGAUCGUCCUUCCCGGCGAUCGUGAACGUCCCGCGAGCACUACAGUGGACGUAGGCACGCAACUCGGCAAUACUUUAUGUCGACAAUUUCCGGCAACUAUCAGAAGCCGAAGAAUUUUACCACGAAGGCCCAGACACCUGCGAAAUCCUUCCUAGCAAUUGCGAACGUCCUGCGGAGCCUUUGCGGCAGAGAGCAGCAAACCAGGGGGCCCUAGGCCAACAACAUGAAACUUAUACACCGUCUCCUCAAAGUCAACAGUACGGAUUCUGGUUAUGAGUAGUACGGUACCAAAGUACCAUUUGCGGAAAUGCUCAGUGCCGACAUCAGGCAGUUUAGCACCACGUCA